AUCGGUCUUCUCCUUGGAAUCCUUCCCUUUAGGCGCUGGAUUGCAUUUGGCGCAUGGAGGAAGGGUCUGGUCGACCUUCUCCGGCCUUCUUAGCAGACUGAGGGUGUGCAACAGACUUCCCUGUUUAAGUACGCGCCCGAUGCACAAACUGGCCUAAUGAGUUCGGAUGCUCUUAGCCGACUUAUAAAAGAAGGGGUGGCCUUUCCAGUGCGUUCACCUACUGCCACCCCCAAAGAUUGCAUUCCGUUCGAAGCGUACCGCCAAGUGAGACUCCCUCGCUUUUCACACGCGGCGGUCUUUCACAUCAGAAUGACUGCCCCACAGGCCCUCGCGGUGACUGCACUCGUGCCUCCCGAGGCCAUCACGUUCGACGCUUCUCGAGAUGGGCAGCCGCAGACCGUGAAACUGACGGCCCGGAUCGCCACCAAAACAUUUGAUGCCAUCCAUCGCUGUCUGGUCUUUAAGGCGGUGUUCGCUGGACGCGAGGCCAUAGUCAAGAUCUGGGAAGUCAGCGCCACGCCGGCGGGAAAGGAAAUGCUCCAGAUGUACGCGAACGAGAGGGAUGCACUCGACUUAAUGGCCGACACAGGCUUUACUCCCGCAGUCCUCUUCGACGGAUACCACCCCGCGCACCAUUUCCAGCUCGAAGCAAAGGCGCUGGUACUGGAGUGGUGGACCGGAAGCAGACUGCGAUCGUGCUGGGCGAUGCUCCCCAGCGCGCAAAAAGACGAGGUGCGUGCGGCUUUGCUACGCUUCUUCACCACCUCCCUUGUGAGGGGCAUCUAUCACGAUGACCUGCGACAUCUGCGCAACACGCUGUGGGACGAGCCGAGCCGGACGCUGACGAUUCUUGACUUUGAGCUGGUGGGGAUCCGGUGGGCUGGGAGUCGGGAGAGCGAUGUGGUCGAACCGCUUGCCCUCAAAGAGACGGACCUGAUUUUGGAUGGAGCGACGCAGCUUGCUGCCAAUGGGGCUCAGGAAGAGCCGGACAUAUCGUAGAGAUGUGCGGGGUUUCGCGUGAAACUUGAGCCUUGACCUAGUGCUGCAUGUAGCUCUCACCUUCAAUAUACAAAACGGGGAGGUUUAC